AUGGAGUCACUAAACACCUCCACGACCGAAUACUGUCAAUUUCCUAAGAUCAUUGGCUACCCGGUGAUUCUCAUCAACAUUAUAGGAAGCUUACUUGGGACAUUUGCAAAUAUGCUUGUAUGGUUUGCUGUAUUAAAGAACACUCAACUGCAAACGCUGUCAAAUUAUUUUCUCUUAAGUCUUAGCACGGCAGAUCUGUUGGUUACUGCCGUCACACAACCGUUAUUUAUCGCUCACAAUAUAUUCUCGAUGCGAGGAGAAUGUUUGAAAGUACUGGAUAAAGCGUACAGUAUGAUCGCGUACUUCGCGUGCAUGGCCUCGAUACUGAACAUAACGACAAUCUCUAUUGAUAGACUCAUAGUCCUCAAGUACCCAUUGCAAAAGAGGACGAUCUUGACGAAGCGUCGUGGUUUAGGGAUUAUGGCACUAACGUGGGUCCUAGCUGCUGCCUACGCGGUGUUGUCUUAUGUUUUUGAAGAAACGAAAACAUGGAUAUGCAUAACAUUCGUGUAUUUUGCCGUAUGCUAUUUAAUAAUGAUUUCCGCUCAUACACAUAUGUACAUUGUGAGUCAUCGCUUCGUGCGUCGUCGUAAACAGCAGGUACGGCGUUAUAGUUUCUCUGUGCUGGCUUACAGCAAGGAACGGCAGGCGGCAAAAACCAUUGCAAUUAUCCUGGCAGUUUUAACACUAGCUUGGUUGCCCUAUGGCUCUGGUCUCAUAGUGUCAGCCGUAACUGGAAUGCGACUGGAACAAAGUUGUGCUAACCCGUUAUUAACUGCUGGUUUUUUGAACAGUUGUUUUAACACGGUGCUAUACAGUUGGAGGAAUAAGGAGAUCAGGACAACUUUUAGACAGCUGUUGAAAUGUCAAGAUCCUAAUCUCAUGCGGAGGGAGAGUGUGUCAUCGUUUUACAUCCAGAGGUCUCGGAUAAGUACCGCUUCCAGUGUGUUUAAUGACUGCAAUGGACAAAUCUUUGAUACAAAAGACCUCAACUUAAACGAUAGCACAGACCAACGUAGUUCUGUAGUUUGUGCGCAUUUCACAGUAUAA